UGUUGUUAGCAUUUCACUGAGUUGUUGCACUUUGGAGCUACAACAUGGUUUCAGCUUUGGGCCAUCCUCAUGUAGCUCCUAAGCUACUUGGUUAGCUGCUCCAUUAGCUGCCAAUGAGAAUAGUCGGUGACCAACGGAAUGCCCCGGAGAAAGAAAAACGGCCAGAGCCCAGCCAGGCUUCCGGACGGCGGUCCAACGGAGCGGGGAAACCUCGGUCAUAGCACGAGUCACCCACUCCCUCAGGCGUACGGCGGUGCUAUGUCGAGCAACUUUCCACCCAACACGGUCAAGGAGAAGAUAGUCAGACAGAUGCAGGAGAUGUUCUCACACCUGGACCCCGAAGUUAUUUACAUCGUGCUCUCCGAGUGUGACUUCAAAGUUGAAAAUGCAAUGGACUCCCUCUUGGAGCUUUCUGUGGCUGCCGAAGGCACACCCCCUGCCCCACCCCCUGUUUCUGGCUUUGAGCUCACUGCUGCAGCCUUGCUUGGCCCACAACACUUUUCUGAACCGCGACCAGACACAGAGCCCUCCAAACCCUCACAGCAGCCUUCCUCUCCUCCCUCCUCAACCCUCCUAACUGAAGAGCUGGAUCUGCUAGUUGAUCGAGAGCUAGAGACACUAACUGCACAACAGGAUGUUGAUGAAGAGCACCGCAGCAGCAAAUAUUUAUCUGCUGGUGCAUUGCUUUCUUCUUUCCCUCCACCGCCACUUCCUCAGCAAGCUCUCCCUGAGUUGCUUCAGUCCAGCCUGGAGCAUGGAUCUAGAGGGCCCUCUGCUGAGCAGCUUGGCCCUGGAGGAUAUUUGACUGAGCAUAAGUCUGGAGAUUCUUCUUCACUUGACCAGCUCAGCACAUGGGAACAAAAGAACUCAGAAGGGCAGCAAUCUGUAGUGAAUUUUGCACACUUGAUGACAGAAACAUCUGCAGACACCCUGAAACCUCCUUUGGACCUGGCAGCUUCAGGGCGUCCCUCAGCUUUCCAGGUGUAUAAAAAGCAAGACCCAACAGACACUAUUUCAGAGAAUGCUGGGGUCAUGCACACAGAUGGUGGAGCAAGGUCCAAGAUGAACACGGCGAAUCCAGAGCCGCUCGACCGCUUGUCACCACGCUGGAACCUGGAGGCACCUGUGUUUUUUCCUCGUAUGCAUGGAAACCAGAUGCCAGCCUUUAUUACCCCUGUGGCCCAAACACCUUCAAACUGGCUUCCCCCCUGGCUGAGUCAGGGCCAUCUUAGUCAAGCACCUCUCAAACCUUUUGCUACUAUUCCAAAGUCUUGGGCCUUGCCUGCUGCCCCACAGCUUCCUGCCCACAACAGCAGGCUUUGUUUGGAAGGGAAGGUGCUUGUGCUUCUGCGGGGUGCUCCAGGUUCUGGCAAGUCCACCUUGGCAAGAACCUUGUUAGAGCACAACCCAGGUGGAGCUGUGCUAAGCACCGAUGACUAUUUCACUCGCAAUGGAGAAUAUCAGUUUGACCCCACUGCCCUGGGGGAGGCCCAUGAGUGGAACCAUAAAAGAGCCAAGGAGGCUUUUGAAAAGGGCACUAAUCCCAUCAUAAUUGACAAUACCAACAUGCAGGGCUGGGAGAUGAAACCAUAUGUUGCACAGGCGCUAAAACAUGGCUAUAGGGUGCUGUUCAGAGAGCCCGACACCUGGUGGAAACAUAAGCCCAAAGAGCUGGUGAGGCGUACCACACACAGUGUACACGUGGAAUCAAUCCGCCGCAUGCUCGAAGGAUAUGAGCGCUUCGUCACCGUCCAGUCUAUCAUGAGAUCACAGAUGCCCGAGCUGAAACGUCAGUUGCUUCUGCAGAACAGAAGCUCACAGCUGACAUCUUCUGAAGCACCUUGUCCUGACCUUGUAGGCCAGCCUAGAUCAGCUGAGGGAUGUCAGACAUCCAGCUCUCAGCUCUUUUCCUCUCUCCCAGACGUGUCAUCUGUUGGUUGCUCUGGAGAAGUGGGAAUGACUGAAGAUGGCACCCAUAAAUCCACUGAGUCACUUAAUUUCCAGCUUGGUGAAAAACCUACAGACAGCCUGGAAGCUUCUGAUGAAAAUGAUGAUAUGGAUUUGGGGGAAUUAGACUCUGAGCUGGAUGCUCAUUUAGAGCUAAAUCACCCAGUAGAAGAGCAGAGAAUGCCAGACUGUAUUGUGGAAUCGGUGAUGAAUGAAGAUCACUGUGGGGAUGAAAUGUCUGUGGCUUUCUCUGAGUCUAUUAGACAGAGAUUGAGGAGAGAGAGAACGAGCAGGAGGAUGGAGCCUGCAGAUCUUGUGAAAGACACUAACCAAUUAGACAGUGGGACAAAAGUGAAAGAGAUUAUGGAGGAAGAGGAAGUUGAAGGAGCUGAGGUGGUGAGGUACACGGAAGAGAAGGACAUCCCUAAAACAUUGAAUUUUCUGGGAGACUGGCCUUCUGAAGGGCCUCUCAAGCAGCGAGAGGUGAGGAAAAGAGAAAGGCAUAAAGAGAUGCAUGGAAAGGAAGAUGAAGGUGCAUCUCAAGAAGGCAGUGAAUAUAAAAAAACAAUAAGAGCACAAUCAGGCCCAGAUGUAACUGAGGCUCAGAAGCUUCUUGAUCUCAUUCAAACUGGCAGAGCCACAGUGUCAGCCAGCUCCUCCCUCUCGCCCUCUCUUUCUCUGAGUUCUGGAGAGGCAUCUGAGCGAGAGGAUGAGGCAGAUAGAAGCUCCGAGGAGUCCCACGGCAGUAGAUCUAACAGUAAAGAGAGAAAACGAAACAUGAACAGAAUUAAUGGGAGCAGAGGUGAUUUACCGGACUGCGUGUUGGACUGGAAGCCAGCUGACUCUGGCAUUGUCAGGGAAUCGAGAACUGAUGAUUCGGAUGGACUUAAAAUUGAGAAUGAAGGGUGUAGUGAAGAGGAAAGGAAAUCCACCAAGCCAGAGAUUGGUACAGGAAUUAUGUCUGCACAUUUAAAUCCAGCCAACAAAGAAAAUCCUUCAUCAGUUCUAGCCACUAAUUUAGUAGACGACUCUAAAACUUUGGAGGUGACUGUAUGCAGCAAUGAUAUGGGAAACCACAGUAUUGAAGAUGAGGCUGCUCCUGAUGUGAACAUAAGCAAAUACACAGAGAAUGACAGAGAGACUGCAGCAGAGACUGAUGGCACAUAUUUGAGUGAAACAUGUCAGACUCCGGUGUGUGAGGGCUCUGUGGAAACAGAAAGCAGCCCCUCCACUGGAGGCGGUCAGGAGGGAAAACUGCGUCAGGGUCGUAGGUCAGGGAAGCAGUGCAAACUCGCCCUCACCUUCACUCAAAACUGCCCCCUGUCUGUAGACUGUCCCGACACCAAAGCUCAAAACUCAGACUGUUGUCAUAAUAGCUCAGUUGGUGAACUUAACUUUAAUUCAAACACUAGUUUUGAUCUUAAGCCAAACCUGGAUUUGUCUAAAUUUGAGGCAUCGCUGGAGCCACCCCUUCUUAAUCCAGCAGAUACUGGCUGCUUCACUCAGACAGAACCUCGAGACUUUGCCCUUCUAUGGCGUCUCAAUCAUCAAACCAACCCCGAUGAUACAGCCAGCUCUGCGUGCACCAGUGACCUCGGAGUCCUGUACGGCGACUCUUCUCGUUUUGUUCCGGAGCUCUCCUCUGCCGUGUCUGCAGCAGAUGCAGUUCACCCGUCUGGCCACAGAGAGGUACCCUACCGUGUAGUGCAUGAGAAAGGCACACAGGUGGGGGAGAAAGAGCUCGGGGUGACUCGAGACCGGCUGGAGAGCCUGUGCAUUCUCAGCCGUCAUUUUAAACUCGUUAGCUUUGACACAUUAGAAGAUCUGUACGACAAAUGCAGUCAGGACUUAGAAUGGGCCACCAACCUGCUGCUGGAUUCUGGAGAGAAGUUCUUUAGAGAUGAAGAUGUUCCAGCUGACAGUAACAACACAUCUGGUCUGUGUGCUGCCACAUGUCAGACUGUAGAAAGCAUUUCAUGUCCUAAUGCAUUACAUGAGGCUCGCUCUGAAGAUUGGCCAAAGGCGACCCAGCAUUCAACCUGUGAGACAGUCAGUGAAUCAGAGGAGAGCCAAAAUAAUACAGAUAUGUCAAAUUUGGGAGGUGCGGUUCUGGUUACAAGCCAGCCUGAUGCAAUCCCCAGUUCAGAAAAAUCUCUUGACACUGAUCUUAGUCUGCCUGAAGCAGUAAAGGAAGGAGAGAGAAGUGACAACACUGAACCCAAAGGAAUAUCAGCGUCUGACCAGGAUAGGGGAGCUUGGAGCAAGAGUUUAGAUAAUGCAAUAAUUGAAAAGUCAGGGGCUGAGAUUGAGGAUGAGAUUGCCAGCAUGGAAGAGGUGAACCGACUUCUGCAGGCAGAGCUUGAGGAGCUGGAGAGAGAGCAAAAGCAGAGAAGAGAGGAGACACGAAGCCGACAUCACCUGGAUAUUCAGAGUGUGGAGCUGAAACUCCCCACUGAGCUGGCACUGCAGUUAACUGAACUGUUUGGACCUGUGGGAGUAGACCCAGGUUCAUGCUCUGCAGAUGACUAUGCAGUGCAGAUGGACUUGAACCUGGCUAAACUGCUCCACCAGAAGUGGAAGGAAACCAUCCAGGAAAGGCAAAGACAAGCAGCUCUUUCCUUUCACCUGCUUCAGGAAAGUUCAGUACACUGGGGUGAUUCACAGGCGGGCAUACCUGGGCGGCAAGAUCAGACGCAGUCUGCAAACUUCCUGAUUAACACGGAUGGCUACAUGUCACUGGGCAGCCACCCAGAGGCUUGCGGUCCGAUGCCGUUCAUGGACCACUGGAGUGCGUCCCGUCCACAUGUCUCUCUUAGAGAGAUUAUGAAAGAGGAACAGGCUUUGCAGAACAAUGUCGAGAAGACCAGACAAAGUCGUGCAGACCUUGACCAGCGUAACGGAGCCACACUUUUGAAAGAGAAUCAGCUUUACUCCCUCUUCCCCACCAUUGACAGGCAUUUUCUGCAGGACAUCUUCAGGGACCACAAUUACAACCUCAGAGAGACAGAGCUGUUUCUUCAUUCUCUACUGAACGAGGAGCCUGUGAAGACUGUAGUUGCUCCAGAAGCUCCUCGGUCUGACCACCACAGAGCAGCAAGCAAGGAGAGGGUGAAGAAGCAGAAGCCUGUGGAAUCAGCUGUACCCAGUUAUCAGGAUACAGAAGAUCCGGAGUAUGAAGACUUCAGGGCUGAGGCCAAACUACAGAGGAGCCGACAGCUCGAGAGUUUUGCUAAGGCUGCAGAGGCCUACAAGCAGGGACGCAAAGAAGUGGCCUCAUUUUACGCACAGCAGGGACACCUGCAUGGUGAGCGUGUGCGUGAGGCGAAUCACCGUGCAGCAGUUCAGAUUUUUGAGAGGGUCAACUCAUCGCUGCUGCCCAGCAACAUCCUGGACCUCCAUGGGUUGCACGUCAACGAGGCCCUGGAACAUCUGGCUCAGGUCUUACAGGACAAAACCAAAGAAUGUGAGCAGGGUCUGUGCCGACCUCAGCUCUCUGUCAUCACAGGAAGAGGGAACCACAGCCAGGGGGGAGUGGCCCGCAUCCGCCCCGCCGUUAUAGACUACCUCACUAACAAACACUACAGGUUCACUGAGCCAAAGCCAGGUCUUGUGUUGGUCUCUUUGAAGUGAAAGAAGCCGUUUAUUGUGUUCAGACUGAAGCUGCUAUGGAGGACAACACUCUCUUUGUCUCUCACUUUCCACUUCAACAGCGCCACAAUACAUCUGUUAGAGCUUGUGCAGUAUGAUACACUGUCACCAUCGGUCUUACUUCUGUCAGUUUCUUAUACUCUCCUGCUCUUCCUUUUGUGUUUUUCUUCUGCGUUUAUGGUGUGAAGCACUGCUUUUGUAAAGCUAGAAUGUAUGCAUAUUUUAUAUUUAAUUGUUUUAUAGUGUACAUUUGCCUUUUUAUCUUUUAAAGAUGGAACAUGCCUAUGUUUAGCAGGCUCCAUGUCAAAUAAAUUGUUAAUCAUUUAAAUAUGUACAAAUUUGAAACACUUUGUUUCAAUUGUGAUGGCAUGCUGUCUGCUUGGAGGUUUCUCUCCAGGAUUUUAAGUAAUAUGACAAAAACAUUUUCAGACACAUUUUAAUAAUUUGGUACUAUUUUGUCAUGUAGUCUGAGAAUUUAUCAGUAAGCCCAGUGUUCAGAAGGAAGAGAGAGUCUUUUCUUGGUUGUAGUAUUACCGUCAGUACGAUGUGAGUCUGAAACUUUGCAGAUGUUUUUUUAAAAAAAAUGAUUUAAUUGUGUCAUUGAGUAGUUUGAGGAACUUUUACUGUGAUCUCUGCAGCAAUUAUGGAGUUUUGUCUCAGCUCUUCAUUUACUCUUGUGCAAGUCGAAAUGUUUUGCUGCUAAUAUAUUCAAACUCAGGUGACAAACUUUAAGUUUUCUUCUCUUGAUGGCACAUGAUUGUUUCCAGUCCUUGUAGUUUUUUUUUUUUUUUUUUUUUUUUUUUUAUAAAAAACACAUUGUGGCAUAUUUUGUAGCAGCUGUGUUCUACUAAUCAUUCUAGUUUUAAAAUAGCUUCUGUGUAAUAUUUUUCAGAGAAGUGCAACAACCAUGAUGGCAAAUUUUACUGAUUAUACAUAUUGUUGAGAGCACCUGAAUUAUAAAGAAGAUUGUA